UUGGUUCAUUCUGCGCUUUGCUAAUUGAUUGUGUUAUUUUUGUUUUUUGUCUCUGAGCGUUGUCUAUUUUCUUUCAAGCAUUUUUGUUAUUAUCGUCGCGGAUCAAAAAGCACCAAGCAUGAGAAAAUGUCUAGUAAAAAUGCAACCGACAUCAUCAGUUUACAUGCCAACGUGGAUGGUAAUAUAAGCACGAGCACGACCACUGCAUUGGCCAUUGUCAAUUUGCCUGGCAAAGGAAGAGGUUACGUCGCAACGCAACCGAUCAAGGCUGGAUCGAUCGUGCAUACAGCGGUUCCAUUGGCGACAACAGUUUCGCAAGAAUGGAUGCCUGAAACGUGCAUGUGGUGCUUUGCUUUCAGUUAUCCUAAACGCUUACGUGUCAAAGCCGUCUCAGAGGACGACACCAAGCAACUGUGCCAUCAAUGGAGUACCAGAUCACGACGAAAGCAUACCAAGGCCGCUAAAACGUUCCAUUUGAAAGACGCAUUGUUCUGCUCUGAAGAGUGUAAGCAGCAGUGGAAAGAGGCUGGAUACCCGGGUGAAUGGGAGCUGGUUGUUGCCAGUUUUAGCCGACUCGACAAGGAGUUCAAACGGAGGGUGGAUGUGGAUGAAGACACUCCAAUGGAUGGACAUCCUUUUCUGAAAAAGGAGAUUUUGCCGUUGGUGCAUGGUGAAUGUGAUUGGAUCGAUUUAAACGAUGACAGCGCUUUACAAAUUUGGAUCGACGAUGCAUGGACCUGUGCGACGGAGCAUCCGGACAUUCUAUUUCAGCAAACCAUCUCGGAUAUGGACCGCACAAUGUGUCGACUCAUUGCAGCUUGUCUUGCCCGUCGGCAAUGCGAGCAAGCUUAUUUAUUCCACAACAACACGCUGCCGAGUUUUGAGGAUCUACAGGUUGUACAAGACAACGAGCUAGCCCAUUUUAGAUUACACUACCCAUCCGAUGGCACGGGUCUCGUGCGACGCAGGUCCGCUCAGUCUCUUGAUCACAUCCCCGUUGAAGUGCUACAAAUAAUGCACCUUUAUUUGUUCUUUGCAGAAGCCAUGGCAGCCACCGGCACCGAACCUUCCCUGAACCACUCUCAACAACUUUUCCGGUUUAUCUAUUUUCGAGAGAUGUCCAACAGUUUUGGUUUAUGGGAGCGACCGGAUUCCGAUGCUGUAACGGACGAUCAAGAACUGUUAGGCUGGGGAAUCUACACGUCGGCAGUGUAUUUCAAUCAUUCUUGUGACGCCAAUGUCAUCAAACGGCGCCAGGGCCGGACCAUGCAGUUUGUGGCCAAACGCGACAUUGCCCAGGGGGAGGAAGCUUGCAUAUCCUACGGAUCUGUGGAAGACAGUCUCAAAGGGCGAAGAAAACGGUUGUGGGAAAACUAUCACUUCAAAUGCGCUUGCGUCCGGUGUCUUCAAGAAGAGGAAGCCCAAUACCAAACAAAGAGCAUAGAAUCAUCAUAGUAAAAUUCAUUUUUUUUUAUCUAUUCCC